AACUCGGCUACCAAGCAUAAAUAUUGAAUUACGACAGUACCCUAUACCCUCUCUCUCUCUCUCUCUCUCUCUCCAGUCCCAAACCGCUCCGGCCAGCAUUCGCCACCCCACGCUCUUCCUCCAUCAUCACUGUGCCCCGAACGAAUGUGAUCUUCUCCAACAGCUAGCCAUGUCUUCGCACGAGCAAGCCCUAGUCUCCCUCCUCUCCCAACUAGCUCUCUCCUUAGACGGUGCCGUUUUGGGCGUGGCCUUGGCCUACGCUGCCGUACGCUCUCUUCUCAAAUUCACCGCCACGUCGUCCUCCCUCCGUAAAAUCCGCAAGGCUCCUUCCCUUAAAGUCUCCGACCUUCGCUCCAUCCUCACCGUCGAUGAUGACUCCUCCGAAGAUCAGUCACAUCCGUCUGAUCAAAGUAUCUUCGUUGUUCGUGGCACCGUCGAGGCCAAAUCCGCCGUCGAUCCCAAUUGGAAGAGCUUUAAACCCAAUGUUUUGGUCUCUAAGGAGUCCGGAGACAAAGCCGUUGUCAUUCAAAGAACUCAAACGUGCAUAUACAACGAAUGGAAGGGCGUUUUUGGAUGGACUUCUGAUCUACGCGCACUAUUUGCGAGAUCCUGGCGAGAACAAGAGUCAACCUCAUUGAGAACAGUUCCUUUUGUUCUUGUUGAAGGUUAUGGCUGGUCACAUGAUUUUGUUGUUGUGAACAUGGAUGGCUCUAGACAUCGCCUGCCUCUCACUACAGUUUAUCAUCAACUGCAGCCCAUUAAUGCUUCUCCGUACACAUUUCUUCAGGCACUUUUUGGUCAUGAAUACCCCGUUGGCAUGCUCGAUGAAGUGAAAAUCCUUCCGUUAGGAAAGGAUAUCACUGCUGUUGGCUUCUGCAGUCUUAAAAAUGGAAUUCCUGAGAUCAAGUCGUGCAAGGAUCUUCCCUACUUUUUGUCUGAAAUGACCAAGGAUCAGAUGAUUGUAGAUCUUGCCUUCAGGAGCAAAGUACUUCUGUGGAGUGGUUUUGCUCUCGGUUCGCUGUCAAUUGGUAUACUUGGCUAUGCAGUUGUGAGGAAUUGGAGUAGAUGGAAAGAAUGGAGGCAACAUAGACAGCUGCAGCAACACAGACAGGCUGCAAGUAAUGAUGCGGCAUCUCAGAUUGCAGCUGAGGAGGAGACAGGAGAUGUUCCGGAUGGAGAGUUGUGUGUGAUCUGUCUGAUGAGGAGAAGGCGAUCUGCAUUCGAUCCAUGUGGGCACCUGGUGUGUUGCCAAAGCUGUGCCAACUCAGUUGAACGGGAAUCCACACCCAAGUGUCCCGUCUGUAGGCAGGAAAUACGCAAAUCAUUGCGGAUAUAUGAUUCUUGAGAGAGAGAGAGCUACUGUUUGUUCAAUGUGUGGCUGAGACUUUUCUAGUCUUGGAAGAGAGUCGUCGCUGUAUUUGUCAAAGUUUCUCUUUAUUUAAGGGGAUAGAGCUUUAAGGAGAGGUAUAGUAAAAUUUUGCUGGUGAAAAUAAUGUUAUAGGGGGAAUCUGUUGUGAAUAUAUAUUUCAAAGUGAUUGCCGAAUGCUUUUUUAAUAGGUAGGGAGUCGUAACUUGUGUAAAUUAUAAUUUGUGCUCCCUUUGUUUUCAACGUGUUAACAACCGACCAGCAAUCUAAAGAAUGGAUGAAGGCUUUGGUACUUUUAA